UUCAGCCACUUCCUCUGAUCACAGUGAUCAGAGAUUAUUGUGAGGAAACCAGAAGCAUAGCUGUCAUAAGAUAGAAGCACAGAUAGGCUUGUUUUUACAGACAGAGAGCCAUGGACACACUGGGGAAAGGUGUGUUUGCGCUUUCCGUACUAGCGGUGCCUGUUUCCUGUUCUGAUAAUUUUUUCACUGAACCAGUCAUCUGCUAUUUCCUGGAUGGAUUUCUGAUCAUUUAUUGCAUCAUUGUCACAGGGUUGUUCUUUAGAGAAAAGUUUUCCAAAGGCCCAUCUGUGGGAGUCACUGAAGAAAAUGUCAUUUAUCAGGAACUUGAGAGACCAAAAGAUGCUGAUCCUUACGAGGUGCUUGACCCAUCAAAAAGAAAGAAAAAAGCAGGCAAGAAAAAGAAACCUGAGACGGCGAGGGACCCCCUUGAGUCUUUGAUUCCCAGUACCUCAUCUCCUCGUCCUGUUCCUCCUCUGUCUCCCCACUGACAUCCUACAGUAUCAGCAACAGUGUUACUAAACACAAUUCGAGUCAUUUAUUAAACUAACAAAAAAAUAAAAUAAAAUUGUGGCUUCAGCUUCUAGGAUAUGAGGAUUUGCGUCUAAAUUAAAUAUGUCUAGUCAGGGAAAACAGUUUGUAGUCACUUUGUAUUUGUGUUAUGUUGUGAUAAGCUUUUCUCUCAUGUUAUACAAAUAAAAACUAACAAAGAACCCUACAUUAAGGCUAAAAACAAACUCUUUAUGAGUUCAGAUAUUUGAUGUAACCAUUUUUACAUCUUUAAAGUUGUACUUGCACAGCAGCUGAUAAUGCUAAACAGUUGUUAUCAACAACAGUAAACCCAGCAGACAGAUAAAGGGAAUAUCAUCAACCGUCUUCUUAAAAUGCAACUUUCUGCUGGGCUCUGACCAUAGACUGUAUAUUGUAAAUAUAGAACUUUAUGUUGUUGUUGUCUAAGUGCUGCCCACCCCCAUGUCAGUCCAACUGCAGUCUGAAUCCAAAUCAAACCUGAAUCAGUUCAACUAUUCCUGUGUUAGCAAAACAAGUUUGAGCCAUGGAGGCUCCACCUUGCAACCCACAGCGCCAAAAGAAUCUGCAACAUACUGAAGCCAGAGAUGACUGGACAUCCCCUUACCACGACCUGCCAAAGCCGGUGGAUUUAUAUUGCAGCAGAUCAGUGCGAAUUAUAUUACUUAUAAUACUUGGCUGCUUGAAUUAUGUUUUUAGAAAAUGCUCAUGUAUUGGGAUUCUCUCACAGAUACAUCUCAAGGGUUUACAGAGAUGAAAAAGAAAAUAUCCAGUGAGGGGAUAGGAAGCAAGCGGUAACUCAAAUAAACACUUGUUACCUAACUAAAGUAUGCAGAAGAGCAUCUCUGAACAAAGACUCUUGAAACAAAUGGGCUACAGCAGCAGAAGACCACACUGUCUUCUGCUGCUCCUAAGACCACUUCCUGGUCUUAGGAGUCUCAAUUUUUGUUACAACUUCAGAUGGUAGGUUAAAUAUGUUGCAUUGGACGACUUCAUGGCAUAUUUGCAACAACUUGGCAUUCAUCAUUUAAACAGCAGAGACUGAGUAUUGUUACUGACCAUGUCCAUCCCAUUAUAACCAAAGUGUACCAACAAAUCGAUUUUUGAAAUCUUUGUCCUAAAUGUUGUAUAGAUGGAAGCAAAAUCUGUCUGGCACUGAUGUACAAGGAUUAAAAUUUGUACAUUUAAUCCCAAUAAAAGACAAAGCACAUGUCAAAACACUUGGAAAAUGGUUUAAUGAUGUUUACAACAAAAGAGAACUGUACAUUUACAGUAAAAGAUUAUCUUUAUAUGUGUAUAAAAACAAAAAUACAGCAGACAAAUGCAUCAAAAUCUACUAUGUAUCCUGAUUCACAUACUUAAAACUCCUACACAAUCUUUCAGCUCUAUGCCGCCAUCUCUGGAGGCCUUUUUUUUUGUCGUUUUUGUCGUAUUUAGAUCGGAGCAGUGUCCCUCAGUGUUGUAUUCCACAAUGGAAACCAAAACUCAUUACAUUCGAGUCCUGGAAGUCAAUUAAUAUCAGACUGCAGAGUAAGAAAAGGGAAAUAAAACAGGGACACAUUCCUUUAGAUGAGCCCAAGCUUCCAAAGUGAAAUGUUUUACAGAAUGCAUUUCUUGAGAUACACAGACACAAUAUGUACAUGGUUGGCGAUUUUUUUUUUUUUU